AUGCAGGCUGCCGGUGGUGGGAACGGUGGUAAUGGGGGUGCGGGGACUGGUGGGACUAAUGAGUUUGUGAACGAUGGCGCGCCGGUGGUGGCUGCGGGUGAUAAUACGGUUGCGAAUCCGGUUUCGGCAGGCCAGCCGACGUCGUCGUCAGUUUCUCCGCACGGGUUUGUGUCUGUGAACGGGACAGGCAGUUCGCCGAACGCUUAUUUAUCUCAUGACUCGAUUGUUUCUAUUAUCGGAGAUGCUAAACCAGGUCCAGUAGCGGGUCAAGUACCGCCACAGGCUCAUCAACCGCAUCAGCAGCAUCAACCACACCAACAGCAUCAGCAGUCUCAGCAACAGCAACAGCAGCAACAACAGCAGACGGGUCAAAAUCAAGGCCAGAUCCAGCCUCCAGGACAACAACAGCAGCAGCAACAGCAGCAGCAGCCUGGCCAGGUGCCUGUUCAAAACCAGGGUCAACGGACUAAUGGCGAUGGCGCUAUUGGUCUCACGUCUCUGUCACAUUAUGCGGGAUACCCAACUGUGGGUGCUGCGGGCAGUAACAAUUCGCCCUCGAACUUUAUUAAUCAUCGCUCUAGUAUAGUGGGGAAUCAGUCUGUGUCUCCAGGAUCACGAAAAGAUCAGGACGAUGUCAUGGAUACUGAUACUAAUAUCAACGAUGGUAAACCUAGCGGUGCGGGCCAGACUGAUAAUAACUCUUCUAAUAACAACACUGGUAAUCCAAAUGCCGAUAAUAACAAUACAAAUGGCGGCGAUUCUCAUCAUGCUUCGAAUGGUUCGUCGGAUUUUGCAAUUCCCGAUAGCCAUAACCCGUUUUUGGGGUCUUAUAAUACAGGAAACUCGCUUAGGAGGCAUAGUUUAAGCCAGUCGUCUCAUUUAUCAAGUUUUUCACCUCUGCUCGAACAUUCACCAGGCAGUUUAUUGGGAUUAACCAAUGCACCAAGCCCGUGGUUCCAGAAUUCAAAUGUGGAUAAUCAUAGUUUUACUGGUGCUAUUCCUCAACCCAAUGGUAAUGAUAAUAAUCGACCAAAUGGCAGUGGUGUAGGAGUGGGUCAAGGACAAGCUGCUAAUAAUUCAGGUGGUGCGUCUGACUCGCACUCCGUGAGUUCACAAAAUGGUAAUUCACCUGGAAGUAUGUAUAGAACGAAUCAAUUGUCGCCAAUGGACCAGGCUGGGUUGCACAAUAACCCCAGUAAUCGAGUGUUUGACCAUUCUCACGCCCACACUGGAGGAAGUGCUAAUGGCAGCAUUGGUGGCCCUGCAUCUGGAGCCAGCCAUUCUCCACAAAAUCUGCUCAUGGAUACUGGCAGUACUGGAUCUGCUUCAUCUCGACACGAACGACGAUAUCCCAUUUUAGACACUAUUGAACAUUUACUGGAUCCUUUGCCAAUGUCUUUAGCAGAAGACUUGUUGGAAGAGUACUUUUCCCAUUCAACCCAUGUACUAGCAUAUCUUGUUCGAAAAUCGUCGAUUUUAUCUCCUAUACGACCACGAAGGACGUCUUAUUCACUAAUUCUCGCCAUGUUAUUGGUUGCUGCUCAUCAUUCUGAUAAUCCUUUAGUCACCGGCACUCCAACCUCUCGAUCUACUAUUAUUUCAAAACUUACUACUCUGACAAUUGACCACCUGUCACCAGUUACUGAGCUGACUGCUCCUGGCACUUUGGACGAUGUUAUUACGUAUAUUCAGAUUGCAACGAUUGUUUCUGCUUCUGAGUACAAGGGUACCUCGCUCAGAUGGUGGGCCAAUGCAUGGGAUCUUGCUAAGGAGCUCAAACUGAAUAAAGAAGUACCUGGUAUUAAUCCUGAAACAAGAGAAGAGCAACGUAGGACGUGGUGGCUGUUAUAUAUGGUCGACCGACAUCUCGGCCUGUGUUAUAAUCGACCUCUAGCAAUUCUCGACUCUGAGUGUAUGGAUGUAUAUCGACCAGGAGACGAAGAUAUCUGGGAAUCUGAUAUUGAAAUCACCAGUCCUGAAAUGGAUCCAUCGCGAAUCAAAGGUAUCUGUCACAUUGUCACUGGUCAAGGCAUUUACGGAUACUUCUUGCCGUUAAUGUCUAUUUUGGGAACUCUAGUUGAAAUCCACCACCUCGAACAAAACCCACUCCUACAACUGAACGACGCAUGUAGACAGAUGAGAUCGACUGUGCGAGGUUUCCUUGACCAAUACACGGCAUCUGUUAAGAACUGGAAUCCUAUUCCUUGUCAACAUGCAUACCAAAAUGCCUGGAGGGAUUAUGCUUUCCAGCUUCUUCACGUGUUCCAUAUUCUGUAUAGUGUAUCUUGGGAUCCUAUCGAGCUUCUGGAGUUUUCCGAGUCCUUGAUGCUUAAUCCUGAGUUUGGAAAAGUCACCAACCAUGCUAUUGCUGCAGUCAAGUCCAUCCGACGCAUUCUCACUAUUGACCCUGAUCUCAUGUUGAUGCCAUUUUUCUUUGGUAUUUACCUAUUACAAGGCAGUUUUGUCUUUUUGGCCAUUGUUGAUCGUGUCGAGUCUGAAGCUUCGCAAGAGGUUGUGGCUGCCUGUGAGACUAUUGUGCAUGCUCACGAAGUGUGUAUUGUUACUCUCAAUACAGAAUACCAGCGAAAUUUCAGAAGAAUCAUGCGUACCACUAUGAGUCUUUUGCAGAGUGACCAGAGUCAGACAUCAAUUGGCUCAAUACCAAAAGAAGAGGCUCGGAGGAAGCAACAAGAUGUUCUUGGCCUCUAUCGGUGGAAGAGAGGAGGAAGAGGACUUGCUGUCCAAUAA